AUGCAAUAGCAAAAGUGUUAUGUACUUCCUGGAUUUCUUAAAUCAGGUAUCUUUUUUCAAUUAUUCCAGUUUUACUAAACGGAGAUUAGAGAAUCUAUAUAUUUAUCUUAAAUCAAAUAUAAGACAUGAAAGAAGUUAGUUUAAUGAUGAAUUAGUAUUUAUCAACAAUCAAUGCCUUUCAGUAUUUAAUUUAAUACAAUUAGUCCAUAUACUUGGGUUAUUUGUAACUAAUAGCCAUUACCAUUAGAAAUUAAUGGAGUAAAAUAAAUUCUGAGUACAUUCUGCAAGUAUCAUUUUUAGUUUAUUGAGAGAAAUAUUCCCUUACAAUAAGUUUAGAGAAUAGAAAAAUUAAUUGUUAUAAGCGAUCAAAUCCAAUUUACACAAUUAGCUAAUUUGAUUCCAAGUUUAUGGCAAUCAUGUUUAACUAAUAAAGUUCAUCUGAUUUUGAGGUAUCGAGAAAUAAUAUGUAGAUUAAAUCAAAUAAUUAGUCAUAACAUUGAACUAACAUAAAAUUAAGUGGAGUUUUUAUCCAGAAUAAAUAGCAGGUAUCAAGAAGAAGUUCCUUUUUAUGGAAAAGAUAUAUCAGAAUAUCCAAAAGCGAAUACAGGAGUACCAGAGUGUUUAGAAGCAAUCUUAUAAUAUUAUGAGAGACAUGAUGAUUAUCUUAGAAAAUAAGGUGUAAUCUAUUAUUAAUUGAAUAUUUUAGGUGUGUUUAGGACUUCUGGAUCAGUUUAAUAGGAAUAGAAAUUAAUUUAAUAGUUUAAAGUCAGAAAUUAUUCGGUUCUUGAGGAUUAUGAUCCUGAUGUUGUAUCAACUGUAUUUAAGAAUCUACUAAGCUAACUAAAAACACCUAUAUUUCCAUUUGAGAUGUAUGACAUUCUUAAGGAAACUUAAAGUAUUUCCCUCUUCUUGAAUUAGUUAAUACAAGUGUAGAGAAGUUAUUAGAGAUGUUUUAAGUAUUUUUCGCUUAUAUGCCAGAAGUCAAUCGUAAAACUACCAAAAGAAUUGCUGAAUUGUUGUAUCAUGUAGCAAAUUAUGAAUCAGAGAAUUUGGUAAUUGUUAUUGUUAAUUUAGAUGGGACUUCAUAAUUUAUCUAUUGUAUUUGCCCCAUGUUUCCUAAGACCGGAACAGACAGAUAUUUCAGAUUUUCAUGGUGCAAUAACUGUUGCUCAUCAUUUUAAUUUACUGGUCUAGAAUGUUGAAUUUUUCGUAUAACAACUUAGAGCAAACCCUUAACAGGUAUAACGUUUAACUUGA